AUGCAUUUUCAAUCUGUGAUGGUACUCGCUACUGUUGGCCUAGCCACAGUAGCACUUAGUCACCCUGGCCAUGAGGAGGAACGUCGCGACAUAGGCGUUCAGCAAUUCAAAUCUCGGGUUCGUCGAGACUUGGCCAAUUGCGCAGAGAAGCGCGAGGCCUCUGGUCUUAAUGCCCGCGCCGAAGCUCGGCGCAAAGCUACUCUCGAAAAGUAUCGCCGCCAGCUCAAGUCCAAGAGGGACACCACCACAAUUCUAGACACCUCUCAUUUGUAUACUGGAACGGAUAUAACCGUCGACAGUGAUGAGACUACUGUAUUCUCCGACAGUGGUACCUGUGUGCUCAACCCCGAGGGAGAAGUUGGCCCCUUCUAUGUUCCGGGUGAGUUGAUCCGUGAGAAUGUGCGUGAUGACGAAGAGGGAGUGCCCAUUGUCCUGGAGGCUCAGUUCUUGGACGUCAGCACCUGUGAGCCUAUCGAAGGAGCUUACUGGGAUAUCUGGAACUGCAACUCGACUGGAGUCUACUCCGGUGUAGUUUCCAGUGGCAACGGUAACACCGCAGACACCGGCAAUCUGGACAAGAUCUUCCUUCGUGGUCUCCAGGAGACCGACUCAGAUGGUGUUGCCACCUUCGAAUCCAUCUUCCCCGGUCACUAUUCCGGUCGUACCAAUCACCACCACGUGGUCCUGCAUCUGGAUGCUACCGUGCUCGCCAAUGGCACAUUGAGUGGUGGUACAGUCCCCCAUAUUGGCCAGUUGUUCUGGGAUCAGAGCCUUGUCUCGAUCGUCGAGGCCACUUCCCCGUACAGCACCAAUACUAUUGAACUGACCACCAAUGAGGAAGACCGGGUGUUUGCCGUCGAGACUGAGGAUAGCACCUCCGACCCUGUUUUCGAGUAUGUGUAUAUUGGUGAUGAUGUCUCUGACGGAAUCUUUGGCUGGAUUACCAUUGCCGUUGAUACCACGGCCGAGUAUACUCCUACCUAUAGCUUUGAGUACACUUCCUCUGGUGGGGAGGCUGUCAGCAGCUCCUCAAGCUCUGGAUCGGGCUCUGGUUCCAGCUCGGGUUCUGGUUCUGGUUCUAGCUCUGGUGGUUCUGGUAACUCUGGCGGCUCCAGCGGUGCUGGUGGCUCUGGUGGCACUGGCGGUCACUGA